UCAAAACAUCAACAUUCGUCACCACGGGGGGAAAAAGCAUGGCGGCCCCCAGGAUGAGCGUGGGUAAACCCACCGCGGACCGUUUACCGUGCAAUACCACCAGUUUUCAGAAGAAAUCACGAAGCAAACUAGUUUCAAUACCUGGCACAAGACCUUCGAUUCAAAACGGGCAACUUAUUGUUUCGACUGGUGUCACAUCUCUCGACUACGUGAUUGGUGGUGGUUUAGCAGUUGGAACCCUUCUACUCAUAGAGGAGGACCGAUAUGACAGCUACUCUCGUAUGCUGCUCAAGUACUUCCUGGCAGAAGGGGUGGUGUGUGGACAUGAACUCUACGUGGCGUCUGCUCUGGACCACCCCAAUGACAUCCUACAGGAACUCCCCGCCCCCAUCCUGGAUGACAUCGCCAGCCCCAAAACAGAGGACCAGGCAAAGUCAUGUGACCCUGAGAGUCAGGACGCCAUGAAGAUCGCCUGGCGCUACCAGAACCUGCCAAAAGUACAGACGGCCCUGGCGUCCUCGUCGAGGUUCGGACACUACUACGACGUCUCCAAGACAAUGGACCCUGAGAUCUGCCAGGCGGCCAGGUGCCACGGCUUCUACCUUCCAGAACACUCCACCACUGUGACAUCACCCACCGCCACCACCCCCGGCCAGAGCCCUAUGCCAGAGACCUACUCCUCUCUGCUGAACAAUCUCCAGGAGGUCAUCCACAGGGAAGGCUUUGAUGGAUCCGUCCCCCAGACCAAGUCACGGAACAUCCUACGGAUCGGGUUGCACUCCCUCGGCUCCGCCCUGUGGGAUGACGACCUGUGUUGCCGUGAAAACCCAAACCACGGCCACGCCCUCACCACCUUAGACUUUAUGUGUACGGCAACUCCCUGGGCCAUGCACCAGGUCAUCGCUACAAACAGAGCUCUGAUGGGCAAUAUAACCAGGUUGUGUGACACGGCCAUCGCUCUAGAUGCAGAGAAAGGAAAGGAGACAAUUGAGGAAGCCACUUUGACUAUUGAGAUGCACCCAUGGAUGAUGUGUACUUUGUCCUUUAUCCAAAUUGGUUUCCUUCUGUCCUCUUCUCUCCCAGGUCUGCUAGAUGUACGUCAGCUGCCCUAUCUGAACUGCCUGGUGUGUGAUCUGCCCGACAACAAGGACCUGGCCUUCAAACUCAAGAGGAAGCAGUUCACCAUUGAGGUAGGCCUCUGCCACCACAACAACCCGCUUGAGCGUGUGGUUACGUAAUCUAGCAAACAAACAAGUGUCAUAUCCUGUUAUCUUUUCACACGCUUUCUCUCAUACUCUUUCACACUCUUAUCUUUCACACACACUGUCUUUCACACACGCUGUCUUUCACACACGCUGUCUUUCACACACGCUGUCUUUCACACA